UCACGAUCACCAACAUCAAGCCGCGCUCAGUCGGAGCCACGAGUGGUUGUGCCGUUUUGCCCUUUCAGCCGUCUGCCCAGAACUCGAGCAUAUCUGUAAAGAAGCUACCCCGCAGAUCUUUACGUACUCGACAGUCGGCUGGCACGACAUCUGAUCCUUCGCUCGACAAACUUCUUGCAGUCGAAGCUGCUCAUACGUCUUCACACUCCCAGUCGCGAUGGCUCGGGGCUCUGCUUUGGGCCUGAGCGAGGAAGCCGUUCAGCGAAGGGCACGCCUGGACCUGGAGUUCGAUGAGACGAAGCUUCAGGGCGCCAUCGCAUCCGGCCAGGGAGAUGUCUUUCUGCUGCAGUGGCUGGCCAGAGCCGAAGCUGCCCUGAAGGUCAUCGACACGACAUCCCUGCAGCCGAUUAGAAUCAAACUCGAGACGUCGUUUCUCAGAUUCCUGCCAGCUUCGCCUGCACCAUCCAACGAUACCUCCACGCCUCCUAGUACCCCUACUCUGCGGCCAACCUCAAACUUUCCAAAGCCUGGCAGACCAGUGCGACACUUGCUGGCCAGAUGUCUGGUGCUUCUGUUGGGGCGUAGCGAGGGACGUUCUCUGUUUGACGUGCUUCAAGCUCUGCUGCGCACAGCCGGGGACGAGACGAAAGGUCAAACGCCAGAAAAGGAGACCAAAGCUGCCGCGCUGUACAUCGCUGGAGAGAUAUUUGCGGCGCUGGGACAGGAUGUGAUGAGCUUGUUUUUGGAUCUGUCGCUGCUCGCCCAGAAGCUGUUUCGCAAUACCAGCAAUCCAGUCUUGAUACGAUACCACGCCCUCAUGUGCCUGGCAAGAGCACUAGGCCCAGGCGCCAAAAGCUUGAACGACCAGCCGGGCAAGGAGAUGGUCAAAAAUUUGCGUGGCUGGCUAUCGGAUAGGUCGGGCGCUGUAGUGCAGGGUUGCGCAGAAUGUUUGCUUGUCAUCGCACAAAAGACCGACUUCUUGGCCUCACGAUCCGAGAUCAGUCUGGUGCUCAAUGUCGCAUUGAAGGCUCUUGAUAGCGCCGAUUUUGUCACCAAGCGCAGUCUCUCGCGCCUCGGUGCGACGUUGCUUGCAUCGACUCAAAAGGAGAACUCUGCACCUCCGCCCGAGCCUAAGAAGAAGGACAAGAAGAAGAGAAAGGGAGACGCAGCAGGCGGUGACGAUGACUCGGACGAAGACGCUCCCCCAAUCUCUGUUGACGCAGGCGCCUCUCGGACAUUGCUGAAAGCUAGCGAAAUGCUGGAUGAGCUCGCCAGACCUUUUGUCAGUGCCAACACCUCGAGAAAAGGCAAGGCUGGCAUCCUCGAUGUUUACGCGACGCUCUUUGCAACGCUGGGCGCGGAUUGGGUUCUCAACAACUACCCAUUGGUACUGAGACAUCUCAUCGAGGAGCUUCCCAAUACGCCUCGUGCUACACCACUCAAUCGUGCAGAUGUGCUUUGGAUCCGCACAGGCGUAUCUCUCAUCUUGCGACGUGUCAUCGGCGACUGGAUGCUGGGUGAACCAGCGCAGGUAGCGGCUAUACAAGAGAUCUGCGGGUCGUAUCUGAAACGCUGGCCAGUCUUGAUGCCUGGCAACGUUCCGCCAACGAAGUACACUCUAGUACUCGCCUUGAACGAGGUGUCUGGGCUCCUUUUGCAGUUGGGGAGCUGUCCUGCUCAGGUGCACGAUGCUCUCUUUGAUCCUUUGCUGCGUUGCUUGUCUCAUCCUAGCAACUCGGUGCAGGUCAGUGCAGCUUGGUGCUUGCGCACGCUUUGCUCCGUCAAUCCGACACUAUUGGCCAGUACCAUAGAAGCGACGAUCGCGCUUCUUCGAAAGGAUUUAAAGGCGUUGGACGCGGCGGGCGAGAGACCGGGUCAUGAGCUUUCGCUGCGCACUAGCGGACAUGCUCGAGGAAUCGCAGCCCUCAUCAAUGUCAUUCCAUCGCGUCCGCUAUACACGUCGUUCGAAAUCAGCACCAGAGUCUUCGACUUGGCGACAGACCUCCUCAGGAAGAGUGCAGACCAUCCGCUUCCUGUCUCUGCAACGGAAAUACAAGUCGCUUGGGUUCUUCUAGGCGCUCUAAUGUCCCUAGGCAAAGGCUUCGUGAGGCUACACCUGCCACAACUUUUGAACCUCUGGCGGAACGCGCUUCCCAAACCUUCCCCCAGGGACACUGCAGCCGGGCCCUCCUCACGAUCCGAUGCGGAGUGGGCAUUCUUGUUGCAUGUCAGAGAGUGCGCACUUGGAGCCAUGUACUCGUUUUUGGAUCACAAUGCGGCAGCUUUGCUGACCAACGAUUCAUCACGCAAGCUCGUGGCAUGCUUGACGCACGCUCUGGCAUUCGUCAAUGGCUUUGCAGCGCAACAUCCGUACCUGGCCCAAGAGCAAGUACCAGGUGCAGAGCGAAGUUCCUUAACGAUGUUGGAUCGGGAGCACAUGGUCAGAAGACGCGUCUUCCAAUGCUUCAAGAGCUUGGCGAGAAGCCCUAGUGCGCACGCAGCGUUGGAUGCCGUUGCUGAUGGUCUGGUGCAAUCAGCUGUUCAGACGUUUGCGGAGCCAGACCGCUACGUGGGUAGCGCUGCACAGGCCGUCAUUGCCGCCAGCGCUGGCAAUUUCACCAACGUUUGGGGCUUGGCCGACGGGUAUGCUUUCGGCUUGAACAGCCUGCAGCGCGAUGACGAAUGCUUCGUUGGCACCGAGCCCGGAUCGGCGUCCUAUCCCGCCAUGGAGCACCCUGCACGCACGGAUCUGUUGAACAGAGAUGCCGUCGAGGCGCAAUUGGACGCUUUGCAGCGCAGACCAAUCCUCGGAGCACCGGAGCACGAUCCUCUGAUCCUAUACGCUCGACCGGGUGCGCCAUCCGCGGCAUUGGACACGCCCAAACUGGCGCCGCAACCUCCGCCGCCAGUCACCGCCAUGAUCGAUGCAGCGAUAGAUUUGUUCGCUGCAGUCUAUCCAUUCCAACCUCGCGAAAUCCAAGUCAGCUCUAUUGAGACUUUGCUGGGCUACUGUCGCAGCUCACGACUUGAAAAGAAUCCAGGAAGAAGGCAAGCAGUCCAGCUCAAUGCCUCUGCUUGUCUGCUCGGAGCCUUGAGGGUAGCGACAAAUUCAGGCUCAAGGGGAAGCAGACGCGCUGCUGGCUUCAACAAUGAUCGUCUGACGCAAGCUCUUCGAGAAAUCCUAAAGGACGCCUUACUUUCCGGCGAUGCGUCGCUGCGCGCCUCAGCUGCUGAGGCUUACGGCCGCCUCGCUGCAGUAGCAGGCUCCCACGCUAUGUCUGCGCAGGUCCAAUUUCUCGUAGAUCAGGUGGUCAACAAUCGGGAUCCGGGCGCACGCGCGGGUUGCGCGAGGGCUUUUGGAUGUGUCUACAGCGAGGUAGGGGGACUCUCUGCGGGACCACUCACCAAGACGAUCGUAAACAUUCUCAUGUCGCUCUCGUCCGAUCCGCACCCGACCGUGCAUUACUCUGCCAUGGAAGCGCUCCGUAUGGUGGUUGAGGCAGCAAGCUUGAGCUACUCUUCCUACGUCUCUAGCACACUUGGAAUGCUGGUCAAGUUGUACAUGCUCGACACGCACGAACCCGAAGGAGGUAGUGCCGGCUCUAGUAAUCUGCGCGCUGAUCUGCCGGCUCAUCAGGCUGCGUGCCGCAUCAUCUCGGCCCUCAUAGGAGUUCUGGGUCCAGACUUGCUCGACUCGCAGAAGGUGCGGGAUUUGAUCCUGACGCUGCUACAUGAAUUUGGGCUAGAGCAAUCGAACCCUGGAGUCGUGGUUGAGGCUUCCAAAGCGAUGCAGCACUUUGCUCUCUUUGCGUCGGAACACAUGGACUUGACGGUCUGGAUUUUGGAGCUCAAAGGUCAUCUGCAGAGCACUCAGCGGCCCCGCAAGCUUGCGGCGAUCAAUAGCUUUUAUCAGCUCAUUCAACGUCAAGCUCUCGUGGUCAGCCGCGUUGGCGGGGAUGCACUAGUGGAAGAUCUCUUCGCACAACUCGACGACGACCCUACGAUCGAUGGUGUACGACAGGUUCUGCUCGGGUGGCUGCGUCAGACCGCCGAGCUCAGCCCCAAUUCUUGGAUCAAUCUGUGCCAGAGAAUCAUGAGCCGUGCAGUCGCAGGUGAUGUUCAAGCGCCUGCCAAGAAGACACAGCAGCAACCAGGCAUGCUGCAGGACGAGGAAGCGGCGGGCAUAAAUCUUGGAGAGGAGGUAUCGGCCAACAGUGCAGCUUUGUCGCACUCGCGCUGGAGAACGCAGCUCUUCGCUCUGCAGUGCUUGCACGAGGUGUUCUUGGCGGUGGGUCGUGCUGGGCGCUUGGAGCAUUUCGGUACACCGCUUGCAGCCCCUGCCCCAACGGCAGGACAAAGCACUGCCACGCAUUCUGCGCCGCGCGCGCUCAUGAGUAGCCGUGUAGCAGAUUUGAUCAAGAUGGCCUUCAUCGCAAGCACGUCGGCGACAUCAGCCAUUCGGCUCGAGGGGCUGACAGUCCUCAGCGACGUCAUCCAGUACUUUAAAACUGCGCGGGAUCCCGAUUUCGAAGAGUCCUUGUUGUUAGAACAGCACCAAGCACCAAUCGCAGCAGCUCUGACGCCCGCUUUCAGCUCGGACAGCACUCCCGAAGUCUUGGCUGCUGCUGUGCAGGUCUGCGCAACUUUCGUUGGGUCGGGUGUGGUGCGAGAAGUGGAUAGAAUGGGUCGCAUUCUGAGAUUGUUGGCUACAGCGCUCGAAAGAUGCACAGAUCCUGAAAUGGAGAGCCUGGGAGAGGUCUCACACCUCUCACCAAACGCUGCCUCCACCUUGAAGAUCGCCACAUUGACUGCUUGGAGUGAGCUUCAGAUAUCCACGCUUCAGCAACCUUACUUGCGCGAGGUGAUACAGCCUCACAUACCAACCCUGGCACCGUACUGGAUCGCCAGCUUACGCGACUACGCGCAAAUGCGCACGGACCCUGAAGCAGCGGUACUGGCUAUGCCGCAGCCAGGCCCUCCACUGAAUGCGAGAUUGGAUCAGCAGUAUGCCGGCUUGACGCAGGAAGUAAUCUUGCCACACUACAAUCAAUCAUGGCACAAAAUUCUGCAUGCUGUGACAGUGCUGGCAGACCAAGCCAACAUUCCAAUGCUGCUGGCUCUCAACGGCGAGAUCGACCUGGACGACAGCGCUGACGUUAAGCCAGAGCUGUCGCCGUACCGAGAUGCUCCAGCGACGAACUUUCAUCCCUUGUUCGGCUUGGCAGUGGAAGCGCUUGCAUCAAGCGCGAACAUGCCGUCUUCUUCUGCCGCUGCGCCUUUCAUGGAGGUGUCUGCAGAAGCACAGCGGAGCCGUGUAGCACUCUACGCGAUACGCGCCCUCAGCAAAGCGCACUUCGCAGGGCCGGCGCUCUUGGAUGCCUCAGUCUUUGAGGAACUCCGCACCCUAUACAUGCGUCUAGUCAUGACUGAGCCUUUGCCUAUUCAGUUGAAUGUCAUCGAGGUGCUGCUCAGCAUGAUAGACAGCUACCAAGGUCGCUUGCUCGAUGUCGAACCCGUCGCAGGCGAAGCAUUGUCAAGCGAGGCAAAGUUGACCCAGUGCUUGCAGAUCAUCAUCCGUGUGAUGACACAUUCGUAUUUAUUGCCGGGUGCCGCAGAGGACAAAGUCGCUCUGCUCAAAACCGCAUAUACAGCCUUUUUGGCUACGUCCACCCAUUUCUUGCAAGGUCAGCAAGAGUCCUUGCUAGUAAUUGCGCUGUCAGCCUACAGUGAAUUAUUGCACGACGAGCGACAAGAGCUGGAUCUGAUUGGUCCUACUUUGCCUUGCCUGAAAGCCAUCUGCGAAAGGGCAGCAUCCGUCGCUCAGCCGGCAAGCGAUGUCCUUGAGAAAGGCAUACACGGCUUCAUGUGCGCAGCCCUCAACAACAUCGACGAGCUCAGGGCCCGCGCAGGCGUUAUUAUUGACAUCAAGACACGGAACAGCUUGCUCGCACUGACAGUGGUCUUGACGUCGUUACCGAACGGCGUCAAGGCAAGCACAAGCGUCAUCGACCAUUUCUGCUUCCUGGUUGCGCAGAAGCUUCAUGCUGGAGCCGACUCCAACAUUAGUCUCACGGCGUUGAACUGCGCUCGAUCGAUUAUGCUUGCGUCUAGCAAGGGAGGUGCCUCUUUCCAAUAUGCGGUCGGUUCACUGCUACCAAAGCUCGUCGAAUUUGUUGCAGGCGAGGGGGCCAAACUACAGCAGUUGGACGACGUCAAAGCCGCAGACUUGCCUGUCCGCCUGAUGGGCGAAGCUGUCAAAGCGUUGGCAGCCUUUGGGCUAUCGACACCGGACUCUUACAGAGCACGUGUCUUUUCCAUUGUCAUGCCUACACUGAUCCUCCUGUUGUCGCCGGACGAGCCCAAAGCCUUGCACGACGUAGCUGUCGCGCAGCUGCUGGCUUUCGCAACGCAAGCUGGCCCGGCCUUCAAGGAAGUCACUGCCACAUUGGCCGCAGACCAUCGCACCGUGCUCGAGACGAGCAUUAGAAACGCUCUUGCGGCUUCUGCGACAGCCAGCGCAAAGAGUUCGCAUCAGGCAGCACCUCAACGAACAGAGGCAAAGAUUGCACUUCGCAGCUUUGGUUGAAAGCUCGUAACUCGUGUUUGAGCCUGCAACAUCGUGUCUCUGCGAUGGGCUAAUCGGUAAGUAGCCAUUUUCUGUUCCACAAGGCCGUGCAAAGUUGCGACUUUGUCUUGCUUUCAUCUUGGUCAUCGUAUACCACGAUCGUAUUCGGGGUCGUGUAUGUCAAUGCAAUGUACAACGGUUGAUUGGAUCAAU